CCGCAGUCCCCUUCCUCAGUCGGAGAGGGGCGGAAUCCAGCGCCGGCUCGAGGCGCAGCAGAGGGGCUCCGAGAAAAUGUAACCUCGUGAAGAAUCUGCUUUCGGGAAUGAGAAGCCAGACCUGAGCGCCGCCUCCCUUCUCGGGCGCUGGGGAGGGUCACCGGGAGCACCGCUGGGUACAGCUGCGGCCCAGAAAGUGAGGCUCUUCUUGUCACCCGAGAUGUCUUACGGGAUCCGGCGGAUUUCAGUUACAGAGUUAUAACCUGAGCAUAACUACACCCUUCUAAGAAGGAUCCUCUGAAGAUGCCAGCCACAGAUGCAGGCGAAACGUCAGGAGAGAAUGCUGCUAGAACACGGCCAUACAGCCCGGAAACCACACAGCACCCAAGUGAUUCCGGCCGUGAAAGCCUUCGACAAUACAUUAAAGACACUUUCUUGGGAGUGCCGUUAAUCACUGGUACUGAAACAAAAGAACAGGCAACUGCAUGAGCAGCACUGAGCUUGCAGAGGAAGUGGACAUACAUGUACAUGAAUUGCUGACUUCAGUUUUGCCAUGAGUGGAGUAAGAACAUAUAAAUAAAUCAAGCGAAAACAGAGGAUAGAUCCAUGAGGUAAUUUCAUGAAGGAAAUUCAACAAGGAAAGAACUGAUCCAAAAUACCUAUGUUGACCAUGGCUGUUCCCAUAGCAGUUCUUGAUUGUGAUCUCCUACUUUAUGGGCGUGGACAUAGGACCUUAGAUCGGUUCAAAUUGGAGAAUGUCACUGAUGAGUAUCUGCUAUCCACUUAUGGCUUCCCACGCCAAUUCAUUUACUACCUGGUGGAUCUUCUAGGUGCCAGUCUCUCUCGACCUACCCAGCGUUCCAGGGCCAUCAGCCCAGAAACACAAAUUCUUGCUGCACUAGGUUUUUAUACUUCUGGCUCUUUUCAGACUCGUAUGGGAGAUGCCAUUGGCAUCAGCCAAGCAUCUAUGAGCCGUUGUGUUGCCAAUGUUACUGAGGCCCUGGUGGAGAGGGCUUCUCAGUUCAUUCAUUUUCCAGAAGAUGAAGCAUCUGUCCAAAGUCUUAAGGAUGAUUUCUAUGGACUGGCAGGUAUGCCAGGAGUAUUAGGACUUGUUGAUUGUAUCCAUGUAGCAAUAAAGGCCCCCAAUGCAGAGGACUUGUCAUAUGUGAAUCGAAAAGGCCUUCAUUCUUUAAAUUGUCUGAUGACAUGUGAUGCCAGAGGAAUGCUACUGAGUGCAGAAACACACUGGCCAGGUAGCCUGCAGGACUGUACUGUGCUGCAACAGUCAAUACUUAGGAGCCAGUUUGAAGCUCGCCUGCACAAAGAUGGCUGGCUUUUAGGUGAUAGUUCUUUCUUUCUUCGUACUUGGCUAAUGACCCCGCUGCAUAUCCCUGAAACACCUGCAGAAUACCGCUAUAACUUGGCUCAUUCAACCACUCACAACGUCAUUGAGCGAACAUUUAGAACAUUGCGUUCUCGGUUCCGUUGCCUGGAUGGGUCAAAGGGCACCCUGCAGUAUUCUCCAGAGAAAGCCAGCCAUAUUAUCCUGGCCUGCUGUGUGCUUCAUAAUAUCUCCCUGGAGCAUGGGUUGAGUGUUGGGUCUUCCCCAACCAUAGGACAGAUAGAACAGCCAGAGGAAGAAUAUGAGCAUAUGGAAUCGCUUGAUUCUGAAGCUGAUCGAGUUCACCAGGAAUUAUUGCUGACUCAUUUUAGCUAGCCUUAUGUAAUACACCGUCAGAUUUAAGAGAAAAUGAGAAAAACAUAAAUAGUAGAUAUUUAUUUCCCUUUAAAAUUAGGAAAAUUAGAACUACAGAGAAAAUUAGAGCUACCAGAUGGUGGAUACUAAAGAAACAUGCAUUUUCUGUUUGGGGAAGAGUUUUCAUCUUUGGUUAUUUGUUCAUACCGCAUCUGAGUCCCUGAAUGUUUAGUAUUUCAAUAUGUGCUCAUAUUAAUUUCAGCAUCAUUGGUGAAAAAUUAAUCAUGGAUGCAAAUAUGAGAUUAGAGUGGGCAAUGUACUCCGUGGCACUGGGAUUAUAUAUUUUUAAGAACUGCAGAACAUAAUAUUUUGUGUACAGCCUAAUCAAAUUCCAAACAAUAGAGUUUAGACUGAAAGUCAGACUUGACCUGUACAUGCUGAAAAUUAAUCCUUCCUUUUUUCCAA